CCAUAACUGCAGCCUUCGUUGCCGUCCGAUCUUCUCCAUAUUAAAUUUCUACGGUUGAUUAGAUUCCAUCAGCCUGCCUUCCUCCCUGGUCUUCCCAUUCUUCUCCUGCAUGAACUCUAUUUACUAGGAUUCCACGGCAUCUCCAACAAGCGAUUCCGUUUCUUCCACCUCCCAUGGAAGCCAGCUCCCUCCGCCUCCGCUUCAACCCAUCACCCACCUCCGCCGCCUACGCCGCCGCGAGGAACUACCGCGUUGGUAGUCUCCCCGUCAAGCUCAAACACCUGUCAUCUCCAUGUCUCCGUCUCUCUUCUUCUUCAUCCCUUAUCUGGAUUCCCAGGUCCACUUCUUCCGACGCCGACGGCGUCGUCACCGCCCCCGGUUCCGACCUCGCCCCCGUCCCCGCAUGCGCCCGAACUUUCACUGCGUGGGACAUGGCAAGCCUCUGGGUCGGCCUCGUCGUCGGCGUGCCCUCCUACUACCUCGCCGGCAGCCUCGUCGACCUCGGCAUGGCCUGGUGGCAGGGCGUCGCCACCGUCGCCCUCGCCAACCUCAUCCUCCUCUUCCCCCUCGUCCUCACCGCCAUUCCGGGCACUCGCUACGGCAUCCCCUUCCCGGUCCUCGCCCGCUCCGCCUUCGGCGUCCGCGGAGCCCACGUUCCCACCCUCCUCCGCGCCCUCGUCGGUUGCGGAUGGUACGGAAUUGAAACCUGGAUUGGUGGCCAAGCCAUCUUCCUCCUCCUCCCCGCCGCCCUCAAGACCUCCACCGCCGCCUCCUCCUCCCUCAUCCCCUGGCUCGGCACCUCGCCGAUCGAAUUCUCCUGUUUUAUACUCUUCUGGAUCGCACAGUUAGGGUUUGUCUUGCGGGGGAUGGAGGGGAUCCGAGAGCUCGAGAAGUACUCAGCUCCGAUCCUAAUCUGCCUCUCCUCGGCCCUCCUCUGCUGGGCCUACACCAAGGCCGGAGGAUUUGGGCGGAUGCUCUCGAUCCCCUCCCGCCUCUCCGCCUCCCAAUUUUGGGCCGUUUUCUUCCCCUCGCUCACCGCCAACAUCAGCUUCUGGGCGACGGUGGCGCUCAACAUCCCCGACUUCUCCCGCUUCGCUCGCAGCCAAAAGGACCAAAUACUCGGCCAGGCCGGGCUCCCCCUCUUCAUGGGCGCCUUCACCUUUCUCGGCUUGGCUGUGACCUCCGCCACCGAGUCCAUCUUCGGUCGCGUCAUCUCCGACCCUAUCCACCUCCUCGGCCAGAUCGGGGGCCUACCCACCACCGUCGUCGCCAUCCUCGGCAUCAGCCUCGCUAUCGUCACCACCAACAUCGCCGCCAACGUGGUCGCUCCGGCGAACGCCCUCGUCAAUCUCAGCCCCUCGGCGUUCACCUUCCGCAGGGGCGCCCUCCUCACGGCUUUUCUCGGGAUCGCCUUCCAGCCAUGGAGGUUGCUGAGCUCCAGCGAGAGCUUCGUCUACACCUGGCUGCUGGGUUACUCCGCCCUCAUGGGACCAAUCGGCGGCAUAGUCAUCGCCGAUUACUAUCUGGUCAAACGAACGGAACUGGAUGUCAGCGCGUUGUAUUCGGAGGAUCCCCGAAGCCGCUACUACUACCAGGGAGGAUGCAAUGCGGCGGCCAUGGCUGCUCUGGUGGCCGGAAUUCUGCCGAUUCUUCCGGGAUUCCUCCAUAAAGUCGGAAUCUUGGCGAACACAAGCCAAGCAUUUGUGGCGGCUUACAACAACGCCUGGUUUGUCAGCUUCUUCGUCUCCGCCAUUAUCUACUCGAUUCUAUCGUCUCCUGGGAGAAAAUCCGAGAGCGCUUAGUAGAAAAUUUUUAUUUUUACCCCCUCCUACUUUACAAGAAUCCCAUCUUUACCAUUAUAAUUUAAAGUUUAAUAGUUUGCAUCUCAUAA